AUGGAGGCAUCGGCUGUUGAAUUGCCUUCACCCCCUCGAUUGAGCUCAGCUGCGAGGUCUCCAAAAAAUCAAUCGAGAGCUCAAGGAACUCCUAAAGCACGUUCCAAGCGACAAGGGACAAAGACAACGAAGAGCCAUCCUAGCUAUUCUCAAAUGGUAAAGGAGGCGAUCACUGUUUUGAAAGAUCGAAAAGGCUCAAGCCGUGUAGCAAUCCUGAAAUAUAUCUCUACUCAUUACCAGUUGGGAGGCAACGGUAAACGUGUGCAUUUCCAACUUCGACAGGCUAUCAAGAAAGGUAUUGCAUCGGGGAAGUUUACGCUUGCAAAGGGUGCUGGUGUGAACGGUUCCUUCAGGCUCGGUACCAAAGUUGAAAUUGCGGUGAAGAAGAGGUCGGAUAAGCAAAAGAGGAUGAAAUCGAAGCAAGAGAAGGAGAGCAAGGUUGCCUCUGCUUCUUCCAAGAAGCCACAAAUGACAAAAGUUGCAGCUGCGAAGAAGUCGCUGAAGCGAAAACUGAAGACAGACAAACCGAAGCCAAAGGUUUCGAGGCCGAAAAAAACGUCUUAG